AGGCCUCCGGCUCCCAGCGUGCCCGCUCUCGGAAGAACCCCCCCCCCCGGCCGGCGGAGGGCUCGUCCCCUCCCUGUCCCGGGCCGCCGCACGCAGCAUGGCUCCGCGCGGCAUCGGCCCGUCGUACGGCGGCGAGGCCCAGGCGGCGGCGCCGCCAGGAGAGACCUCGUGCGGAGGGCGAGGCGCAGCGCCAGGGCCCGCCCUCGCCGAGCAGCAGCGACGCUGGCUCGAGGCGCGCCGCCGAGCGGCCGGGCGGACGCAGCACCGCUCUCGCGGUGCCCCAGAGGCCGCCCAGCCCGCGAUCGGUCAGCCCGCUGUCGUCCAGCACCACCCCGCGGGCCAGCCCGUCGCCAGCCGGCCGGCCGGAGCGGUCGCGCUCGCCGCGCCGCGCGCUGCGGGCGGGCACCUCCGACAAAAUGCGGCAGGUCUACGUCGGUUGCGUGAAGGCCGGCACUACGCAGGACGACGUGCGAGCAGCAUUCGAAGCGCACUUCGCCCAGCUGCGGUACUACAGGAACAAGUACAGGGGCCUUCCAUCGCCCGUCCUCGAGGUCGGCAAUCUCCGCAGCAUGGGAGGCACGCGGGACUCGAAGUAUCUGUUCGUCGAGUUCGCAGACCCGGUUCUUGCGCGCACCGCGGUGGCGAUGAGCGGACUGCGCAUUUGCGGCAGCAGCGUGCAGGUCAAUUGGACGUCCGCCUACAUUGACACGGGCGAGGUUGAGGUCCUGGACGUGAAGUCGCUUCGCCUGGCAGGUAAGCUGCCGUGGGUCGGCGGGCCUGGCAAGCAGAUGAUGAGCACGGUGUGGGCGCUGACGAGCAAGGCCACACCCAUGGAGGCGUGCCAGGCCAUCAGAAGCACCCUGCUGUCGCUGCCGUCCGUGAGGCUCCAGUACCCCGACCUGGACGAGCCCGUCCUCAGCGUGCAGACCGACCGUGACGGGAAGCACACGUUCGUGAAUCUCGCGCACGAGCGGCUCGCGAGCACGCUGGUCGCCAUCAAGCAGGUGCCGGUCGCCUCCGGCCGCAUCGUCAAGCUCGACUGGCCCAACAACCACCUCGCAGACGCGGCGCACCGGGCACCGCCUGCCUUGGAGCUGCCCCCGGACCUGCUGAAGAACGCACGGGCGGACCCCAGCUUCUUCAGCGCUGUCGUCGACGAGGCCCGCGACGAGGCGGAUUUCGAGCACAGGGCCAGCUGCGAGGUGGCCCUCAGCGGCGUCAGGGGCCUGGACGGCCCUGCCGUCUGGGGCGCCGUCGCCGACCUCUUCAGGGCCGUGCCCGCGUACCGCGAGAAGUACGACCCGGAGGGCGGGGGGCCGAUCGUGAACCUGCGCACGGACUCCAGCUCCAUCGCCAUCGUGCGCCUGCAGGACGAGGUGCUGGCGAGCACCGCGGUGGCCCUGGAGUCUCUCUUCAUCCUGGGCCGCCGCGUGACCAUCAGCCGCCCGCUGACCUACCAGCUGCCCGCGGGCGGCUCCCCCGAGCCACUCUCGCUGUGCGCCGGCGUGGGGUUCCCGAGCUGGGGGCCGAGCACCGCCGAGCAGGCGCCCAGGCACCCCUUCCUCUCGGAGGCCAACCGCCAGCAGGCGCCCGAUCUCGCCACGCAGCACGUUGCCGUCGAGAGCCGGCCCGACUCGGUCUGGAUCGGCGGCCUGGAGCCCUGGGGGCCAGACAGGGCGACCGCCGAGGCGGCGCUGGAGUCCUUGGUUACGGAGGUGGCGAUGCAGCUGCCUGGCUUCGACGUCGAGGAGGGCCCCCCAGUGCUGGAGGUCAGACUGCACCCGCACGGCAAGUUCGCCUUCGUGGACCUGCGCGAUGCUUCCCUGGCGUCAAGCCUGGUGCAGAAGCUGCGGGGGACCUGGUACCGCGGAAGGACGCAGCUCGGCGUCGAGUUGUCCAAGAGGGGGCGGAAGGGCUCCGACGGAAAGUGCGCGGCCAAGCCCCGCAUUGACAGGAACAGGCUCGUCGGCUGAGGGAGGCCGGGGUCCUGGCCCCGUUUGCUGGGAGAGGCCGGGAGGGGGCGGCCUCGACAGGGGAAGGAGGGGAGUGAGCGCCGAAUCCGCCCGACGAUUCGACACUGAUUCUCAAUGGCUCAGUCUUCGCCGGCCGCUUGCCUCGACCCCGAGGGGCGGGCUCGGGGCGUACUCGGCCGCUCGCGCGGACUAGCCGCGCGGACGAAUUGGUGCGAAGCGCCGCGGGAUACGUG